AUGCUACAAACGAGCGUCAAGGUGGCAUCGGCCACUAAGGGAUUAGUUGGUGCUACCGGACGUCGGUAUAUCUUCAAACAGUUGAUCCAAGUGAGACAGCACGUGGUUCGCGUCCGGUUGGCAACGCCCGAUCAUCCUUUGCACCCGCAUCAUUCAACGCAACAUAUUCCCCGGCAACUGCAUACUUGUAUACAAUACCUGACCGAUGACUUUCUGAGCCUUGUUAGGAAGCAGAUUCCGAUGCAUGCGAGGAAACAAAUUCUAAAGGGCAGUCUGCGAGGGAUUGUCGAAUUGCACGACCGAGAUAUCGUCCAUCUAGAUUUCAAACCCAACAAUAUCUUGGUUAACUGCCACAACAUCAAUGGAGAGACCAUCAUGGAACAGGCGCAGGUGGCUGACAUUGAAGAUGCGGCCUACCUGCCAAUAGACAGGUGCAUUAAGGGGAUGCUGCUCGGAAAUGACAAUUGGCGCGGUCCAGAGGCGCAUUUCUGUGGCGAGCUCAACAGACCGGCUGACAUAUUCGCGUUUGGAGCUGUCUGCAUCUAUGCUAUGCUCGGACGUGUUAUAUUCGGGGUUGACGACGAUUUUCGAAAACAUCAAGCGCAGGGUGUAGAGCCUGAUUUCAUUCACUUGCAGCGUCAAGUUUCGUAUUUUGGCGACCAAGAAGGAUUGAAUGGGCUCAUAGAGCACGUCGGCGACGAGGAAGUGAAUUGCCAGAUCCUGCAGAUGCUUUGGGAAGACCGAAACGAGGACUGCAUCCCGUACGAACCAUUUUCGAAUUGGCCAGACAUUGACGACGAGCGUUCAAAGAUCUCAUUCAGGGAAUGA